GGCUAUUCGGGGGUGACACGUCGGACGGCGCCGACGGCGGAUCUCCUCUAAUACAAGCGGGAGUGACGCCUGCCCGCUUCUUUCCCUCCCCCUUACCUUCUACGAGGCCAGAAGCUGAACCGAGUCUCCCUCCCGGGUCAGGAUGGAACGGCUACUCCAAUAGGCUGCGCUCCGACAACAGUUGCAGAAUUGGGCCGGGCUUGUUCUGCUCCGUUGCUUGGCAGCAGCCGCAGCAACCCCUCCCCCUUUUCAGGACCCGAAGCCGGUACCAGGUUCGCUCCCCUCUCCCCUCCCCCUCCCGGCUGGAGCCUACGAUCCCCAUGACCCCUGUGCCUGCUGAAGAGGCCCCCUGGAGACCUUCGUCGCCAAGAGUCCCUGACUCCUUCCUCCACUCUCCCCCGCAGGUGUCCCCUUUUCCCUACACCUUUAAAGGCACGUCUUUGAACCCACUCCCUCGCCCCCAGCUCCAUUUUUCUACUGAGGUAGCCCUCCCCGUGUCCCUUAAACUCAAAGUCCCCCUUUGUGAUUCUUCCCUGUUUGUGCCCAGGUUCUAACCCUCCCCAGGAACACUGGUGCCAUGCGCUUCUCGUUGGUCCUGUCACUCCUGCGCCCUGUGGGGCCUGUGGUGGUUGGGGUGUCUCUAGGUUUCACGCUCAGCCUACUCAGUGUAACCUGGGUAGAGGAGCCUUGUGGGCCCGGCCAAGGCAGCCUACGAGAUAGGGGCAUGGAGCAACCGCAGCACCAAGCAGGGCAGGGCAAUGCUGCCCGCAAGCCCAACUCUGUCCCUGCAGGGAUGGGCACGGAGCCUGAACAGAGCUGGGAGCCCCGCGUCCUACCCUACAAGCCUCCAAACCCAGGCAAAGCUGCCAAGAAAACAAUCAGAACCCGAUACAUCAGCACAGAGCUGGGCAUGCGGCAGCGUCUCUUUGUGGGUGUGCUGACCUCGAAGAACACCUUGCACUCCCUUGCAGUGGCGGUGAACCGUACUCUGGGCCACCGGCUGGAGCGUUUGGUCUACUUCACGGGCAUGCGGGGGCGCAAGGUACCGCAUGGCAUGCUGGUGGUGACGCAUGGUGACGAGAGGCCCAUCUGGAACAUGUACCAGACCGUCAAGUACGUGUUGGACCAUUAUGUGGCUGAUUUCGACUGGGUUUUCCUGGUGCAGGAUGACACCUACACGGAGGCCCAUCGCAUGAUUCAUUUGGCCUCUCACCUCAGCAUCGACACUCUCCUCUACAUGGGUCGGCCGGAGGAGUUCAUUGGCGGGGACACUCAGGGGCGCUACUGCUACGGUGGCUUUGGCUACCUGCUUUCCCGGGCCUUGCUCCUGCGCUUGCAGCCUUACUUGGAAAGCUGCCGGAAUGACAUCCUGAGUGCUCGUCCUGAUGAAUGGCUGGGACGCUGCAUCAUUGACUACACGGGAGUCGACUGUGUGGCAGAGCAUGAGGGCCGACCUUACCAGUAUUUUGAACUUGGAAAGAACACUGACCCUGAGAGAGAGAGCGACCCACGAUUCAAUACAGCAUUCACCGUGCAUCCAGUGCUGGACCCUGUCCAGAUGUACCGGCUACACAGACAUUUUGCCCAUGUGGAGUUAGAGCACACUUACCAGGAAAUCCAACAGCUACAGCUGGAGAUCCAGAAUACCAGCAGCCUGUCAGCAGAUGGUGCCCUGAGUGCCACGUGGCCCAUUGGCAUUGCUCCCCCUUUCCAGCCCAAGACCCGCUUUGAGGUGCUUCGCUGGGAUUACUUUACCGAAGAGGCGGCUUUUGCCUGCGUGGAUGGCGCUCCCAAGUGUGAGCUCCGAGGCGCAGAUGCAGCUGACGUGGCAGAUGUGGUUGCUGCAGCGGUGGAAGAGCUGAACCAUCGGUACCAGCCGGUGCUGCAUGUCCGCAAACAGCAGCUGCUGAAUGGCUACCGCCGCUUUGACCCUACCCGAGGCAUGGAGUACACACUGGAUCUGCAAUUGGAAGUGGUGACCCAGAAGGGGCACAGCCGUUCCCUGGCCAAGCGGGUCCAUCUGUUGCGUCCUCUCAGUGAGGUGGAAAUCAUCCCGAUGCCCUACGUGACUGAGGCUAGCCGGGUCAAUGUCAUCCUGCUGCUGACAGCCCCGGAGCGGGACUACGCUUUGCACUUUCUAGAGGUCUAUGCUGCAGCGGCCUUUGAAAAUGCCGAGAAUGCUGUGCUGACCUUCCUCUUCAUCUACGAUCCUUUUGAGGCUCAGCAGGUGGCUCAGAAUGAUGUCUUUGGGGCAGUGAAGACGCGUAUCGCUGAGUACGAAAGGCGCUACACGCAGGUGAAGAUCCCCUGGAUUAGCGUCAAGACAGAUGCGCCCUCUCAGAUCAAGGUGAUGGACAUCAUCUCCAAGAAGCACCCUGUGGACACCCUCUUCUUUGUGGCCGGCAUAAGCACUGAGGUCACCACCGAGUUCCUCAACCGCUGCCGCAUGAACACCAUCAACAGCUGGCAGGUCUUCUUCCCCAUCCAUUUCCAGGGCUACAGCCCCACCAUCGCUUUCCACAACCAACCCUCCCCUCUUUCCGGCUUGGACCUGGUGCGAGAUGCCGGCCACUUUGACCGUGACACUUUUGGUGAAGCUUGCUUCUACAACGCCGACUACAUGGCGGCUCGCACCCGCAUGGCAGCUGAUGCCCAGGACAAUGAGGACAUUCUGGAGACCAUGGACAUCUACGACCUGUUUGUCAAGUAUUCGAACCUGCACGUCUUCCGGGCUGUCGAGCCUGCCCUCUUGCAGCGCUACAGGCCCCAUGGCUGCAACCCCCGGCUGAGUGAGGAGCAGUACCACCGGUGCGUGCAGAGCAGCUUGGAGGGCCUGGGCUCCCGUGCCCAGCUGGCCAUGGUGCUCUUUGAGCAGGAGCAGGGCAAUAGCACAUGAGGACUGGAGCAGGCCAGCCUGCCUCGCUCCUCUUCCCCCGUGUUCUUUUCCUGCUGCAAAUGGACUUCUUGGGCUGGGAAACCAGGGGGAAGCUCUGGUUGGCUGUACAGUUACACUGUGGGCAGGAGAUGGGCAUUGGGAGGUGGUCAGGCUCUGGUCCCAGUUCCGUCUUGCUCCGUUUCCCCAGCACAGACCCAGGUUCUCCCCCAGGGCAGCAGGAGUAGCAGCUGAAAGCCCCAAGCAAGCAAGGGUGGGCAGGACCGGCCGUGGGACUCCCUGCCUCGGAUUGCUCGGUGCCGCCUUGUGGGCACCAGAGCUCGGAGAAGAGCCUGCUGUGUCCGGGGUGGGGUGGGCCGAAAGAGAGAAGGCUGGACUGCCGGAUUCUUGGGCAGCAGGAGAAGGAGAGAAGCCUGGCCUAGCAGGAGCACCGCUUGGUCCCGUGUCUGCAGUUUUGGUGUUAACUUAAUGGACACUUCAGAUUUGGGUACAAGAUAAUCUCCUUGUGUGGGUGGGAGGGGCAGAGGGGUUCCAGCUGUUUUUUUACUUUGUCCUGAGACGCUCCCUUUGGAAACCACGACUCGGGCUGCUUUAGCCUCAGAUUAGGAUUGGUAGGGGCCAGAGAAUGGCACAGACCUGGUGAGAGUUUUCAGUAGGAGAGUCAAGCUGCCACCCACCCCUGCUGCCAGGCUGGCUCUGGCACGGUGGGGAUGAACCAUACUUCUGGCGCUGCCUGCCAUCUCUUGUCACCUGCUGGACUUGGAGGUACGUGGACUUUGCUGAUCUUGCUGCCAUGCGACGUUGCCCAAAAACUGCGGCAGAGUGGCUUAUCUUGGUCAGUCUUGUGCUGGGAGCAGGCAAUGCCCAGAAUUGGUGGUGGGGAGGAGAUGGAGCUUGGCUCUCCAGGGGGUUUAUAUUUAAUGUGGGGUUAGGGGUGAAUUGGUGACUGAAAUGUUGUUUUCCAUUUUAAUAAACUGGAG